ACUAAGUGAACUUGGCAGAUGAGCAGAACAUGAUCAGAACAUGAUCAGAACAGCCAACUGUGAUGUCAACCAACCCGUUUUCUAAGCAUACUUCUGGCAAAGAAUCAAUGACAAUAUCACCAUGUUAAAACCUAACCCCAGAGGAGAAAGCUCCAAGAUGCACCAAGACUGCUUCCAUACAGGGAAGCUAACAAUCAGAGCAAUUCCCUAUAAACGUCAAGGUUUCGUGCCAAGUUUACUAAGAGGGGAACCAAAGUUGCUGGGGGUUCUUCAGAUGCUGAUAGGCUUGAUCAUCAUUGCAUUUGGAGUCUUUUUAUUUUCCAGUUUCAAAAAAUUGAACUUUCCACAGUCAAAAGUUCCCAUUUUGUAUACCACAAAAUAUCCAUACUGGGCAGGAGCAUGUUAUGCCACUACAGGAUUUAUUACAAUUAUUAGAUCGCUGUCUGUCCAAAGAAAGAGUCGCCUAAAACUUUUCCUGGGUAUUCUAAGUGUUUUAGUAUCUGUGAGCGGGAUUGCUCUGAUUCUCUACAGCCUAUCUGAGGAUGUGUACUUUCAAUGUGCAUCCCCAUUAUCAGAAGGCAUAUGUUCCAUCGGAAAAAUCCUCCUUCAUGGUGUUUUGUCACUCUUGUUGAUUCUCACCAUUGUUCAGAUGUCCAUUGCUGCAACUCUCAUAGCCUUCCAGUGUAAAGGAAUAAGGAAAAACCUGGCAGAUGAGGUUGUGUAUUUCCUGCCUUCUGAAGUCAAAGAGCCCAAACAAACUGAGAGUGUGGUAAACCAGUUGCAGUUCCACAUUAAGAAAAAACCUGCUGACCAAAAUGAGGAAAACAUAUUGGUCUCUCUAAUUGGGAGUUAUACUUUCUUUAAACUAAGAGCUUCAGGAGGUUCUGUAAUCCCAUUGGAGCCUCCACUGCUUCCACCUAUACCACAGCCUCCAGCACCUCCAUGUCGUCCACCUUAUCCUUCUCCAUUUUUGGAACAUUCAGAUUCACAAAGCUCAAUUUCAACGAAAGGAUCCAUGCAAACUCCUUUUUCCAUUACUCCAAAGGAAUCCUUUCAAGUUUCUUAUUUCUCUUCACCAAGUUCAUCAAAUGUAUCAAUGCAAAAAUCAUUUUCCUCACCUUCAAUUACAAACAGGCCUGUGCAAGUUACUUCAAUUUCAAGAGUGCUAGCAGAAGUUUCCCCUUAUUCCAGUCCGAGUUCAACAAGCGUAUCUAUAGAAGCUUCUCUUUCCACAGGACUACUUUCCUCUUUCCCAUGCCCAAGUGGAUCAACAAAAAUAAAAGAAAUCUACCCUUCCUUUUCCAGCCUAAGUUCAACAAGUGAAUCCAUAGAAGCUCCACUUUCCACAGAACUACUUGGAGUGAACAAAUCUAUCCAACUUUAUCCUUUCUCAGGUCCAUGUGAACCAACAAAAACCACAGAAGUUCCUCCUUCCUUCUCCAGCCCAAGUUCAACAAGUGAAUCCAUAGAAGCUUCCAUUUCCACAGGACUAUAUGGAGUGAACAAAUCCAUUCAAUUUCCCUCUUUUUCAGGCCCAUGUAGAAAAAAAGAAAUCACAGAAACUCUCCCCUGCUCACUUGCAAAGAGCAAAGCCAUGCAAUUCCCUUCUUUUUCAGGUCCCAGUAUACUCAGAGAAGCCAAAGUUCUUCUUUCUUCCUCUAGCAUAAGUUCAAGUGAAUCCACAGAAACUCUUCCUCCUCCAGGCCUACUUGUAAAGAGCAAAUUAAUUAAUUUCCCGUGCUCAAGUGCUGUUGCACCCACAGAAGUUAAAGAGGCCACCCCAAGGCCACCUUGUGAAGUUGUGGAAGCUACCCCAUGCUCAGAUCUAGUUGCAAAGAGCACAUCUGUGCAAUUCCUCUCUUUUGCAGGGGUAAUGGCACUAAAAAAAGUGAAAAAAAUUCCUCCUUCCACUCAAAGUUCAACCAGUGAAUCCAUGGAAAGCCAACCUGUUUCAGGUUUAAAAGCAACGAGCAAAUUUCCUUCAAUGAGAGGCCAAAGUUCACCAAGAGAAAUCAAAAAAGUUCCCCCCUCUUCCCCCUGCCCAAUUUCAACCAGUGAAUUCAGGGAAAGUCCCUCACCCUUAGUCCAACUUGAAACAAAUAAAUAUCUGGAGCUUUCUUCUAUCUCAGAUCUCACUGAACUGACAGAAGUCAAAGAAGUUCCUCCUUGCUCUCCCAUCAAACAUUUAAUCAAAGAAACCAUGGAACCUCCUUCCUCAGGCCAAAUGGCAACAAGCAAAUCUAUACAAGUUUCUUAUAUCUUAGGUCCCAGUGUACCCACAGAAGUCACACAAUGGUCCUCUUCCUCCCCUAUACAUAUUUCCACUGAAUCCAUGGGAAUUCCUUUCUCAGAGCUAGUUGAAAAGAAUAAAUCUCUGCAACCUUCCUCUUUCACAGGUUCCACUGUAACAACAGAAGUCAAAGAAGUUCCUCAUUCCUUGCCCUGUCCAUGUUUAACUAGUGAAUCCAAGGAAGCUCCCCCAUGCUCAAGCCUCCUUGCAAAAAGCACAUCUGUACAAUUCCCCUCUUUCUCAGGUGUCAUGGCACAAAGAAAAAUGGAAAAAACUCUCCCUCCCUUCUCCAGCCUAAGUUCAAACAGUGAACUUUGCCAAAUGUCCUUGGGUCGAAAUGUAACAGGUACAUCUCUACAAUUUCCUUCUACGAUCUCAGAUAUUUGUGCAACAAAAGAAGUCACACAACUGCUACCACCUUGCCCCAGUCUACCUUCAAUUUGUGAAUGCAAGGAAGUUCCUUUCUCAAGCCAGCUGGUAACAAGCACAUCUGUACAAGUUCCUUCUAUGUCAGAUACCAGUGCAAAAAGAGAAAGCUCACAACUGCUACCACCUUGCCCCAGUCUACCUUCAAUCUGUGAAUGCAAGGAAGUUCCUUUCUCAAGCCAGCUGGUAACAAGCACAUCUGUACAAGUUCCUUCUAUCUCAGAUACCAGUGCAACAACGGAAAACGCACAACUUUCCUCCCCCAGCCUACCUUCAAUUGAUGAAUACAUGGACAUUCUUUUCCCAAGACAACUGGUAACAAGCACAUCUGUACAAGUUCCUUCUAUCUCAGGUACCAGUACAACGGAAAGCUCACAACUGCAACCUCGCUCCCCCAGCCUACUUUCAACUAGUGAAUCCCUAGAAGCACCUUUCUCAGGCCAUGGGGCAAAAAGCCUAUCUCUGCAGUUUCCUUCUGUGUCAGAUACCACUACAACAGAAGUCACACAGCCUUCUUCAUCCAGCCUACCUUCCAUUUUCGAAUCCAUGGAAGCUCCUUUCUCAGGCCAAAUGGUAACAAGCACAUCUGCACAUGUUCCAUCUAUCUCAGGUACCAGUACAACAACAGAAGGCUCACAACCACCACCUUCCUCCCCCAACCUACCUUCAAGUGGUGAACCCAUGGAAGUUCCUUUCUCAGGCCAAAUGGUAACAAUCAAAUCUCUGCAAUUUCCCUUGUCAAGACGCGAUAUACCUUGGGAAGAUAAAGAAGUUCUAUUUGCCUCAUACAAGCAAAGUUCAUCUGAAGAAUCUAUGGAAGCCUUUCCUUGCUCAGACCUUGCAUUAAGCAAAUCUGUGCAAUUUCCAUCUUUUUCAAGUCCAAAUAUACCAAGAGAAAUUCCUCCUUGCUCUUCAAAAAUAAGUUCAAUGAGUAAAAAUAUGGAUGCCCCACCUUGCUCAGACCUACCCAUGUUAAGAAAAUCUGUACAGUUUCUCUCUUUUUCAGGGUCAAGUGCACCCUUAUUAGGUCAAACCACAAUGAGCAAAUGCAUACAAUUUCCCUCUUGCCCAGAAGUAAAUAUAACAAUAGAUGUUUGUUCCUUACCCAGGCCAAGUUCAGUGUGUGAAUCCAUGGUAUCUCCCCCUUGUAGCCCAGGGCCAUUUUCAAUCAGCAAAUCUACACAAGUUCCUAUUUUCACUGACCCAAGUUCAUCCACUGAAUUCAAACAAAUUCAUCCACCAUUCUCAACUGUAACUUCAUCAAAAGAAUGCAUACACUUUUCUGAUUCCUCUGCCAAAAGUUCAAUUCAGGAGAUCUUGAAAGUUUCCAGAGGAACUCAUCCUAUUUCAGGAAGCAAGGCGACACAGUUUCCUGCUCCCUCAGACCAAAGUUCAUCAAUGAACUUCAUAGAAGUCAUGUCAUUCCCAGGUCCAAACAAAGAACACAUGGAAGUUCCUGACUUCUCUGCCCCAAGUUCUGAUCAGGAUACCAUGCAAGUUCAUCCUAGAAUUCAUACUCCUUUCAUGAGCAAAUUCUCACAUAUUCCAUCUUCACUGAGUGGUGGCAAGGAAGCCAUGUCUUUCCCAGGGCCAUUUUCAAACAGAAAAUCCAUGCAAGUUCCUGAUUUCUCAGACGCAGAACUCAUUCACGCUCCUUCGACCGACGAUUCCAUGUCAAUGAGCAAAUCCACACAAGUUCCUACUUUCUCUGACCCAAGUUCAUCCACUGAAUUCUAUCAACAUCAUCUACCACUCUCAAUUGUAACUGCAUCAAAAGAAUGCAUACACUUUUCUGAUUCCUCUGCCAGAAGUUCAAAUCAAGAGGUCUUGAAAGUUUCCAGAGGAACUCAUCCUAUUUCAGGAAGCAAGGCGACACAGUUUCCUACUCCCUCAGAACAAAGUUCAUCAAUGAAAUUCAUAGAAGUCAUGUCAUUCCCAGGUCCAAACAAAGAACACAUGGAAGUUUCUGAUUUCUUGGACACAGGAUUACCACAGGAACCCAUGCAAACUACUCCUGUCAACCAUGCCAUAUCAGUGAGCAAAUCUUCACCAGCUCCUACUGUCUCUGACCCAAGUAAACCCACAACAUACACAGAAAAAGUUCCAUCACUUCCAGGUCUACUUCCAUCAAAAGAAUCCAUAAUAGUUCCUGAUUUGUCUCCCACAAAUUCUGAUCAGGAUGUCAUACAAGUUUCCUCUAGUAUUCACACUCCUUCGGGGAGUAAAUCUUUACAAACUCCUGGUUUGUCUCAUGAGGCUUCAUUGACUGUUGGCAAAGAAGAAGUAAUGUCUGGCCCAGGUCCAUUGUCAAUCAGAGAACCCCUGCAUGUUAUUGAUAUCUCUGAGACAAGAUUACCACAAGAACCUGUGCAAACACACUCUGCCAGUAGUGCCAUGAUAGUGAGCAAAUCUUUAGAAGCUCCUAUUGUCACUGACCAAAGAACACCCACAAUACUCACAGAAGUUUCAUCAAUCCCAGGUCUAGUUAUUUCAAAAGAAUCCAUACCCCUACCAGAUUACUCUACCACAAGCUUUAGUCAGGAGGAUAUGCAAGUUCUCUCUAGAAUUCACACUCCUUCAGGGAGUAAAUCUUUACAAACUCCUGGUUUGUCUCAUGAGUCUUCAUCGACUGUUGGCAAAGAAGUAAUGUCUGUGCCAGGUUCAUUUUCAAUCAGAAAAUCCAUACAAAUUCUUGAGUUCUCUGAGGAAAGAUUAUUCCAGGAACCUAUACAAACAUACUCUGCCAAAAAUCUUAAAUCAGUGAGCAAAUCAUCACUAGCUCAUACUGUGUCUGACCAAAAUAUACCCAUAACAUUCACAGAAGAAAUUCCAUCAUUACAAGAUCUAGUUCCAUUGAAAGAAUCCAUUCAAGUUCCUGACUUUUCUGCCACAAGUCCUGAUCAGGAUAUCAUGCAAGUUCCCUCUGGAAUUCAUACUCCUUCAAUGAGUGAAUUCACACAAAUUCCUGGUUUGUCUUACCUAUCGUCAUUGACUGGUGGCAAAGAAGAAAAAGUCAUGUCUUUCCCAGAUCCAUUUUCAAAUAGAGAAUCCAUGCUAGUUCCUGAUUCCUCUGAUACAAGUUUGCCACAGGAAACCAUGCAAACUCCUAUCACCAGUGCCACAUCAGUGGGCAAAUUCUCAGAAGCUGCUACUGACAUUGACCAAAGUAUACCCAUAACAAGCCAAAAAAAAAUUCGGUCACUCCCAAGAGUGUUUCCAUUGAAAGAAUCCAUUCAAGUUCCUGAUUACUCUGCCAGAAGUUCUGGGAUGCCAGAAGAUCAGGAUGCCAUGCAAGUUUCCUCUAGAAUUCACACACUUUCAGUGAGCAAAUCCACACAGAUUCCUAGUUUGUCUUACCUAUCUUCAUCCACUGUUGUCAAAGAAGUCAUGUCUUUCCCAGGUCCAGAAUCCAUGCACAUUCCUGAUUUCUGUGACACGAGAUUUUCACAGGAACCCUUGCAAACUCCCUCUGCCAACCAUGACAUGUCAGUGAGCAAAUCCUCACAAGUUCCAACAAUGUCUAGCCAAAGUAGACCCGCAGCAUACCUAGAAGAAAUUCCAUUCUCCCCAGAUCUAAUUCCAUCAAAAGAAUCUAAACAAGUUCCUGAUGGCACUGCCACAAGUUCUGGUCAGGAUGCCAUGCAAGUUCCCUCUAGAAUUCCCAUUCUUUCAGUAAGUAAAUCCACACAAAUUCCAAGUUUGUCUCAUGUAUUCUCAUUGACUGUUGAAGAAGUCAUGUCUUUCCCAAGUCCACUUUCAAACAGAGACUCUAUACAAGUUUCUGAUUUUUCUGAUAGAAAAUUGUUACAGGAACCAAUGCAAAUUCCUUCUGCCAAGAGUGCCAUGUCAGUGACCAAAUUCUCUCAACUUCGUACUGCAACUGACCCAAGUAUACCCAAAACAUUCACAGAAGAAAUUACAUUGUUCCCAGGUUUAAUUUCAUCAAAGGAAUCGAUACAAGUUCCUGAUUACUCUGCCACACAAAAUUCCAUGCAAGUUUCCUCUACAAUUCCUACUAUUUCAGUGAGCAAAUCGACACAAAUUCCUGGUUUGUCUCCUCUGUCUUCAUUGACUGAUGACAAAGAAGUCAUAUCUUUCUCAGGUCCACUUUCAUACAGAGAAUAUAUGCAAGUUCCUGAUUUCUCAGAGACAAGAUCAUCACAGGAACUCAUUCAAGCUCCUUUGACCUACCAUGCCAUAACAGUGAGCAAAUCCACACAAGUUCCUAUUUUCUCUGACCCAAGUUCAUUCACUAUAUGCAAAGAACAUCAUCUAUCAUUCCCAAUUGUAUUUUCAUCAAAAGAAUGCAUAUACAUUUCUGAUUUCUCUACCAAAAGUUCAAAUCAGGAGGUCUUGCAAGUUUCCUCCAGCACUCAUCCUAUUUCAGGAAGCAAACCGAGACAAAUUCCUGCUCCCUCAGACCAAAGUUCAUCAAUGAACAUCAUAAAAGUCAAGUCAUUCCCAGGUCCAUUACCAAACAAAGAACACAUGCAAGGUUCUGAUUUCUCUGACACAGGAUUACCACAAGAACCCAUUCACGAUUCCUUGAAUUAUGCUACCACAGCACAAGGUUCUACAUCCUCUGACUCAAGGUCAUUCAAAAUAUACUCAGAAGAACUUCCAUCAAUCCCACUUAUAGUCUUAACAAGAGAAUCUAUAAAAGUUCCUGACUUCUCUGCCACAAGUUCUGACCAGGAUGCCAUGCAAAUUCCUUCUAGAAUUCACCCUCCUUCAAUGAGUGAAUUCACACAAAUUCCUGGUUUGUCUCAUUUAUCUUCAUUGAUUGAUGGCAAAGAAGUCAUGUCUUUCCCUGAUCCAUUUUCAAACACAGAAAUCAUGCAAAUUCCUGAUUUCUCAGACACAAGAUUGCCACAGGAACCCAUGCAAACUCCCUCUGUCAACAGGGCCAAAUCAAUGAGCAAAUCCUCACAAGCUGUUAUUGACUUUGACCCAAGUAUACCCACAAAAUUCACAGUUCCAUCAUUCCCAGAUCUACUUCCAUUGAAAGAAUCCAUUCAAGUUCCUGAUUUCUCUGCCAGAAGUUCUGGCAUGCCAGAAGAUCAGGAUGCCAUGCAAGUUUCCUCUAGAAUUCAUACUCUUUCAGUGAGUAAAUCCAUACAGAUUCCUGGGUUGUCUCACCUCUCUUUAUCAACUGUUGACAAACAAGAUGUCAUGUCUUUCCCAGGUCCAUUCUCAAACAGAGAAUCCAUACACAUUCCUGAUUUCUCUGACACAAAACCACAGAAAGUCAUUCAAGCUCCUUCAGCCUACCAUGCCAUGUCAGUGAGCAAAUCUACACAAGUGUCUAUUUUCUCUAAACCAAGUAUAUCCACAACAGUCACAGAAGAAAUUUCAUUGUUCCCAAUUCUUGUUUCUUCAAAAGAAUCCAUACAAGUACCUGAUUCCUCUGCUACAAGUCCUUAUCAAGAUGCAAUGCAAAUUUCCUCUAAAAUUCACACAGUUUCAGUGAGUAAAUCCACACAGAUUCCUGGUUUGUCUCACACCUCUUCAUUAACUGUUGACAAAAAAGAAGUCAUGUCUUUUCCAGAUCCAUUUUCAAACAUAGAAUCCAAGCAAGUUCCUGAUAUCUCUGACACAAGAUUGCCACAGGAACCCCUGCAAACUCCCUCUGCCAACUAUGUUACAUCAGUGAGCAAAUCCUCACAAGCUCCUAUGGUCUCAGAGCCACGUACACGCAUAACUAUCACAAGAAAUUUCAUUGUUCCCAGUUCUUGUUUCACCAAAAGAAUCCAAACAAGUUCCUGAUGGCACUGUCACAAGUUCUG